AUGAUGAAGCCUGUUCUCGUAAAGCUCAUCAGGUGCUCUGAAGAAGUGAGUUUUUGUGGAGCCGUGCGCGCAGCAUCUAAGUCUACAAACACAGCCUUGGCUGCUGGACUGGUCCUCGAGCGGCUGCCAGAUCAAGGUACUUCCUUCGUUGCAGCUGGUAGGCCAGCUGUGUCGAAAGCUUUCAAGGUGCUUGUGACAGCGAACGAGUAUUGGAAGAGGCAUGGCGACGACGAUUUCUUGGCAGUCUCAGUGGGCCUCUCUGCACGAAACGAAGGCCAGCGCUGGCCGACGCACCGGCCACCCAUCCUAGAAAGUGUGAAAGUCUUAUCGUCCGACUUUCCAAAAACUGAUAUUUGGGACGUUCCAUACCGGGCGCGUUUGCCUCUCUUCCGAUCUCGUUGCUCAAUCUUGGGCUUACUUUCUGUGGAGGUGCUGAGGAUGGUGGCUGCAAGGAUUUUUCCUAGUCCCGGCGGCCUGGAGUUGACCGCCCAAAUACUCACUUCAGCUGCUAACUCAAUGGCAUGCGUUGGUUCGCUUCCUGUAUUCGCCUCACAGAGCCUGGGUGUUUGUGUGAAUCGGCGCUGCUUGGGCUCGCUCCUGACGCUAAUACUGACUUCUUCCACCUGCACUUGGGGUGCCAUUAUCAUUGACAUUUUUCCCGGUGGCGGAUGGAAGCGUCUUUCAGGGCACCCACUGCUGGACGAAGGUGCACCAAGCCUCCUGGGCUUUCUUGGAGUAUGGGAGUGCCUACUGUUGGCCUCAGUUUCGUUGCAGACAGCUUUGUGCUUGUCUGCAUGGACCUUCUAUCGGCUGUAUCGUGAGCUCGGCCUAUAUCCCCCUGAACCUCGCAAAGGUCGAAUUCAUGCCGAGGUGUCUGCACUAGAGUUCGUUUGUGAAGCAGAGGAUGUAGCAUUGCUGAGCGAUCAGUGCAAUGGCAAUUGUCAGCGGGAGCCGCUUGUUUGGGGUCGAACCU